AUGGCUCAGAUACCGAGUCACUGUCAUCAGGCACAUCCCUCCGCCCUUCAAGGUCUUCCAGGAGGACAGCGAUGGCGGGCAGCUGAGCGCAGUCGUGAAGAAGUGGAAGUGGAAGUAGAAGUCGAAGUCGAGGUGGACGAGGAGGCAUUGGAGCCACUGGAGCCACCGGAGCCACCUCCGCCGCCGUGGAGGCAGAAGGACACGCGGCAAGCGCGGCCGACCGCGAAGACUGCGAGCGCAGCCACAGGCGCCACAGGCGCUACAGGCCAACGACCUACCACAAAUCGUUCUUUGGCCAAACGUAGUGCGGUCGAGUUGGCUCAACGUGAGGCCUGCAAGGUAGUGACACAGGAAGAGUCCGUGACUGCCAAGGAAAAGACAAAAGGUGGCAAGGGCAAAAGUAAUGUCCAAAGUGCCAGAGGAGGUGUCUUAAUGGGUGCACGGGCCAAAGGGGCCAAAUGCAAGGGCAAAACAAGGGCCGCCCAAGGCGGCAAAGAACGUGGUGGCACUGGCCUUGCCGAAGUGCUGAGUGGCAAAGCUGGAAAUGGCGAGGCAAACAUUCCCGCGAAGGAAGAGCCGAAAAAGCCACAGGCUGGCAAAGGCCAAAGAUUAAGGUUGCCAAGACCCAAAGUCCCCAAGCCGAAAGCCUCCGAGAUGUUGCAGGUCAAGUUACCAGAGGUGCAGCCUACGCCGAAGCGGCGUCUGGCUCCGAAGGUGCCGAAGGAGCCUGAGGCACCGUUCAUGGAACUGCCAGAGGAGCCAGAGACUACGGGCUUUGAGGAGCUGGGUGACCUUGCUGACCGAUGGAACACUGAUACCUUUCAUGAGGAGCAGGAAACAACAGCGGCUAUGGACCACGUGUUGGAUAUGGAAGAUGCCAAGAAUAUGGAGCACUCUUUUGAGGAUCAAGG